GGUCUCUUCCACUCCCUCCAUAUUUUGCAUUAUCUCCAAGGCUAGAGGACUCCCAUUCUACCCAUAUCCGGUGAGGCUAAGCGUCGGAAGUGGGUUGGCUCAAAAUCGAGGUCAUCUUACCAAGUCAGCCGACACAACGCGGCAUCAUUGCACUCGGUGCCUCUGGGCGUCCUUUGAACGACCAACCAUCUUGCAUGCCUCGCGACGCUCGUGCAAUGCACCUACAUCUCGGCCAAUUUAUAAUACCUUGCUGUUCCCGACGAGCAGUCUGUAUUCCACCCAACGGUUGACGACAUGAAUACGACACUGGAGUUUCCGAGUAACUGUUCCACGAAUGUCUAUACCCUUAACGAUUUCGGCGAGAUAGCUUAUAUUGUAUGCACAGUAGCAACUCCGCCUACCCAGGAUCCGUCAGCCUUUAUCACCACUGCAGAGAACACCCUUGCUCGACUCCGGAAAACUGAGCGUCAAUUUAGAGAAGCAUCCAUUCUUGCCGCACUAGAUGUUGAAGCUCGUCAACUAUUCACUUUUUAUAAAAAGGUGGAUAUCACUGCCCCAAAGGACCAAAAAACUUUGCUGUUGAAGUUUGGUUACGUGCUGCGCAGCAACACUUGUACAAUCGCCUACAAGACCGCCGCCCGACUUCCCGACUUGCUCAAACCGGAACAUGCUCGGCUGUACCGACUCUUUAUUACUGCCAUCGUAUCCAGCAUCAAGUUUGUCCCCAAUGGCGAGACUGAUCUUCAGCUGCUUGGACCCAAUUUGUAUCUCGUUGAGCAGGCUCCCUUGGCUACCGACGUUCACCAUUUUGACAAAGUUAAUCAGUGGGUUCUCUACCGCAUCGACCUACAGGUAGUCCCAAGCGGUCACAUCAUCCUGACAAUUGCAAAGGAUGCCGCGUUCUCCUUCGUUCGUCUUCCAGAAUGUGCUACCAAGCUCAACUGGAAUGACCAUACAAAAUCUGAAACAAUUGCCAUAUACCUCGCGCCUAUCGGGCGUAUUGCACGGUCAACGCAAGCAAAAAUCCUCGCCCACAAAAAACUUAUUGGCACCUCUGACAACCAGCCUAAUGGCGAGAGUCAACUUUCCAAUGCACGAAGAGAAGCCUGGAGAGAACUGCUACCGUCCUGGCUUAAGGAGCACAUGAAUAUAAGUAUCGAAGCGAUGGAAAGUGACUGGAUUGAGAUUGAAGUACCUGUAGAGGAGAUUGAUCACGGGUCCACCGACGGUCAGCAAGAUAAUCCAAGUCCCGACACCGUGGAGCGCGACUCGGUCACUUGGAGAACAAUUCUUUGGCCUGCAGACCUGUGCUUUGUCUUCAGCGUCGAGGAGCAUGUUGCAGUAAAGGCGACCGAAGGGAAAGAGGAUCCAAUGCAAUUCGUGCGAGAUUGGAUCCUUGGUACGGGUGGCGGCACGUCAAAGGUUGAAGCUAACCACCAAAGUGUGGUAGAUGAGGAUGAUGAACCACUAUUUGCUGAAGAAGGUACAUUUGACGAUCCAGUGCACUUCCAUCCGUUUGGACCUCCUGCUUUUGGUCCCGGCCAAACGAUAUACCCGACUCCGCCUGAUGUUGGAAUGACACAUCCUACGCCAGGCUUCUCAUCAGUCGACGGGAUGGCCAUGACUCCUGCAAACAUAUCUCGAGGUCCUGCUGAAAGGCCUCAGCCGCAGGAUGAGGACAUGCCGGAUUUCGAGGACGACCCAACUACAAGCGGGUUGCAGACAUUCUAUGACGAAGACCUAUUCGAGGAGAAUCCAGAUGAUAAUCUCGGCGCAGAAGCCAACGGCGACGAGCCUAAUUGGGAUUUUUUCGACGCUCCGGGGCUAGACCCUAAUUCUACACGCUCUGCAAGCCACGGGCGGAUCGAAGAGCCAGCGGUACGGGGCGAGACCCAGGCAGGAGGCAUGAUGGGCGUCAACGAUGAAACGGCUGGUCAAGGUGCCGCUGCUCCAGGUCCAGCCAUUGUGAAGGGCGAAAAUAUGGGCUCUGAAGCUGCAACGAACUCACCCGCAAACAUCAGGUUGCAGCACCCCAAAGACCAGACGGAACACCUGACCAAGGUUCCGCAGGCGAAAAGCAAGGAGAGACCUCAACCUCCACCCACAUGGGGUCCUCCUUUGUGGAAACCGGAGUCUGCCAAAGAAUCAAUAAUCGAAGCUGAGCGUGGACGUCGUUCAAGUCUGUAUGAUGGUCUACACUCGCUUCCGUCCGUGUCGAAACAUGAUAGCAGAUACGGGGCAGGCGGGGACUACUGGUUCGAUCCAACGCCUAUUCUUUCUAAUACUAAGGGCUUCUCGAAGUCAAACCCGCUCUUUCAGAGACCUGCAUCAAGCUCAUCAGACAGUGACAGUUUGAUGACCAGUUCCAGCAACUCGGCAGAACCUUUGUCUGGGCACUACCCAGCCCAAGCUCCGGCCAGACAGUGGACAGAAUAUCAUUCUCCGUCGCCAAACGCCGUCAAUCGCCAGAGCGAGAUCGACAAGAAGACAAUCUAUCAGGACGUGCAGCAAAUACUAGGAGUUUUGAAGCCCGGCUUGGUAGAACCUCCCACACUAUCGGAUUUCCGAUCAGUUAACGCCGACCAGCGCAAGAUUCCUCCAAUAUCGACACAGAGAUACCUGCAAAUUGCCCACGUGUUGGUGGAGCAGAUGUCCCAGACCACCUUACUCCCUCAUGGAGAGUAUCAAGGAGGAACACAACUCCCGCCUCGUGACCAAAUGGAUGUAAACGUUGAUCUGAGCGGUAUCAACACUUCUGCAACACCCUCGAGUGUAUUUCAACUUACGAAUCUCAAAGCCGAACAAAACAAUGGAAGAGUUCAGGGCAAGGUGAUAAGAAUCCAACCGGAUCAGAUUCGCAUUCGACGCACAGAACGGCCACUGACAGCCUCUAUAUCUAUCUUGAAUUUCUGGGAUUCAUUGAACCUUCAACCUGACAGUGGACCGAAAGACGUUACAACCUUUUGUAUCCAUCCGAGUCAAGAAAAUGUAACAGAGGGAUGUCUUAAUCUGCUGCAGCGACUUGCAGAAACUUACACCUCUUGUUCAUUGGGAACUCAUACAAUCGGCCGACUCCCUGGAUUUACAGAUAAUGGAUCGAUAUCAUGGGGUCCGAAUGACCUGGGUCAACAUAACCUCCUUCAGACAUGCCACAUGGUUGGUAGAGCUCUCGGGACUACCUCAGACGUGAAGGGCACCGUUCUGGUCUGUAUGACGAGCAGGAAUCAAAGCGCAACUUCGUACCUUGAGGCGUGCAUUGGCUUCUUCGGCCUAUUUGAAUCAUUUACAGAGGCACGAACGGACAAUCAGAGCGUGUCCGACAUUGCUUUACAGGUCAUCCCACAAAACUUCGUCGCCAAUGCGGAAACCCUGGUGAUCCCUCCCCAAACAGCCUACAUCCGGCUGGCCAUUGAGGUUUACAACCGGCUCCCGCCGUCAGAAUCCCCGGCGCCUCCGGCUGCUUGCAGCUCAGCCGUGGUGCUGUCGAAAGCGGAAAAUUCGGUGCAUCUGCAACUGACACCAACAUAUAGCUCACCCCUAGAGAAGAACGGACCAUGCCUGCACCUCGCAUACUCUAUCAGCCAAGACAGGAGGUGGCUUACUGCGGCUUGGACGGACGAGUCAGGAAGAGUUGCACUUAGCAUGUCCUACUGUCUUCGCCUUCGACCUACAGGGAAGAUCAGGCCCCUCCAUGACAUAUUCCAAGAGAUGUGGGAUGUUUCGCAAGACCUCAUGAACAAAGUUCGCGGGCCAUGGCGGCUGGCGGUUGUAAGGCACGAAUACUAUGAGCAACCAGAGCUGCUCGACUGGCAUCAGGUAUUCGAGAAUUCCCCUGCCUCACAGAAACGAUGCCUGUUAGUACUUCUCUCCGUCCAGCUCGACCCAGAACUGGAGAUCUUCCCACCCUUGAACCACUGGAAAAGCGGCCAGACAGGACCGCAGAACCUUUAUGGGACACCUGCUUCGACACCGCAGGGCAGUAUGACGUCUCCUGAACAAACUGUGCCAGCGACUCCAACGCCUGGUGGCAGCUCCUUUAUGAAUGCUCCCACACCUUCGGACCCCGGGUUUGAUCCGAACAAUGAGAGUGAUCUCACAUUAGUGGAUCCUUCUGAGGAAAGUUGGGCUGUCAUCCUACCCUUCGGGAUUAAUCAGACGAGGAGUCUCAUCGAGAUUCGACCUUCACAAGUCACGGGGUACCUCAUGAAACGUAGAGGGACUAAGUGGGAGGACGGAUACAACCUGAUUGAGUUCAGCCUAGUCACAUCGACGAUCCCCAUAUCGAACACAUCGAGCGAGAUGUCGCCAGACGAGUUGCUCGAAGACUUGAUCAAGCAGUAUCGUGCACUUGUUACUCUCGGCGCCACUCGAGGCUGCGUGGAUCCAAACAGCGAAUGCCUCCCUUGGCACCUUGCAACCGCGAUCAGAGGUGCUCAGCUCCUGGGGCAGAUCAUGUAGUUCGCCCAGUCCAAGUGGGACAAUGUCCGACUUCGGAGCAGGGUCGCAGCUAAUGCCCACAGAAAUGCUACGCUGUGUGCAAUCCCUGUACCCGGUCCAGUAUUCUCUUGGUCAAGCGGUCCGAUUCCAGCAUGGUGGAGCUGAACGGGCACUGGAUAUACCUACUACGUCGUGCAAACUGCAACACUGGGGGCCACGCACUAUAUAUUCCGCGGAGCCUGAUUUGGCGAACAGCGGACGCCGUCAAACUCUGUGCCAGGGCAAGAGGAGCCGACAUCUGAUUAGAUCCC